GGUAACCUUUCCCUCUUCGCUUGAUUACAGAGCUCCAACAUGGGAGGCAAACUGAGCAAGAAGAAGAAGGGCUACAAUGUGAACGACGAAAAGGUGAAAGACAAGGACAAGAAGGCCGAGGGGGCGGCCGCCGAGGAAGGGGAGGCGCUGAAAGAAAACGACCAGCAAGCCGCCACGGAGACGGCCGAAGUGAAGGAGAACAACAAGGAGGAGAAGGGCGAGAAGGAGGCAGCCAACAAGAUGGAUGAUAAAGAAGGGGAGAAGGACAAAGCUGGAAGCCAGGAGGAGGCCAAGAAAUCAGAGCCGGAUAAGCCAGAGGCGGUGGUCGAUGCCAAGGCCGAGCCACUGAAGAACAGCGAGCCGCAGGUGCCCAAGCCGGAAGAGCCCAGCUCUGCUGCCGCUCCUAUGGCCACCAGUGAAGCGCCCAAACCCUCGGAGCCCAGCAGCGGUGCGAAAGUUUCCCAGCCUUCAGAAGUCACUGCUAGUAAAGGAGACGAUAAGGGCAAGGAGGACGGGGACGCCAAAAAGACUGAGGCUCCAGUUCCUGCAGCCCCAGAAACUAAAAGCGACGUGGCUUCAGACUCAAAACCUAGCAGCAGCGAGGCUGCGCCUCCUUCCAAGGAGACCCCAGCGACAACAGAAGCGCCUAGUUCAACCCCUAAGGCCUCAGAGUCCGCGGCCCCGCCGGAGGAAGCGAAACCGUCUGACGCCCCGGCAACUAUUUCGGAUCAAACCGUAGCAGCGAAAGAUUAAAUUUGGACAGCCU